AUGGAAAAGUUUCUGAAACCCAUUCGAUUGGAUAUUGAUCCAUCAGUUAGUUCCGCCUCCAAGGAAUGGGAGCACUGGCUCCGAACCUUUGAGAAUUUUCUCUUGGCAUAUACACCGACCGAAGAAGAAGAUUUGCUUCUUUUUGCACCCAGUAAGUUGAAUUUGCUAAUCAAUCAUGUGUCUUCAAGGGUAUACUCAUAUAUCAGUGAGUGUUCAACUUAUGACGCUGCUAUCAGCCUACUAAAUACGAUUUUUAUCAAACCUAAGAAUAUUAUCUACGCUAGGCACAUGCUAGCUACUAGAAAGCAACUUAAUGAGGAAAAUAUCGAUGCAUACAUACAGGCCUUAAAACUAUUAUCUAGAGAAUGCCAGUUUCAAAGCGUGGACGCCGAAACUAAUCGAUCUGACAAUAUACGUGACGCAUUUAUUUCGGGAAUCCAGUCAAAUAAGAUAAGACAGCGAUUACUCGAGAAUCUGACGUUAACCCUCGAUGAAGCGUACAAUCAAGCAUUAUCCUUAGAGAUGGCAGAGAUUAAUUCCCAACAAUACAACGUUAUUGGCUUAAACGCUGUUCAACAACUUGGAGGAGGAGUAUCACAGCCUGAAGAUCAGUGCGAGGAACAUACCGUCGCAGCUUCGCCCUCUUACAAGAGCUCUUACAAAAAUAAACGAAAAUGUCUCUUUUGCGGAAGUGGACGCAUUCAUCCCCGAAAGGAGUGUCCUGCUGUCAACCAAUCCUGUCAACUUUGUGAUAAGAAGGGACAUUUCGCGAUAGUGUGCCGCAGUAAUAAGCCAAAUAAUGCUGCAGUUUUGGAACGAGGAGAAAAUACUUCAGCAUGUAUAGGUAUUGUAGCAGCUUCUCCCAGCUCUUUAAAGAAAGCAACUGUAAUAGCAUAUAUUCAAGGAGUCCGAGCUGAAGCACUGAUUGAUACAGGUAGUAGUUUGAGUUUCAUAGAUGAAUCGUAUUUUAAUUUGUUACGACUUAAAAAGAAACCUAGUAACCAAUGUAUUUCAAUGGCUUCAACCUCUCUAACAUCACAAGUUGCAGGAGAAACCUGGGUAUCUGCUAAAGUCGGCCAGUACGAUUAUCAAAAUUUACAUUUACUGAUAGUGAAGGAUUUGUGCGCUGAUUUAAUUAUAGGUCACGAUAUUCUUAAAAAGCAUUCUUCUCUUGAAUUAAAUUUUGGUGGAACGAAAGAACCUAUCAAAGUGUGUGGAGUUGCGGCAGCUUCUGUACCUGCGGUACCCUUAUUUUCAAAUAUUUCUUCUGAUUGCAAACCUAUUGCUAUAAAGUCUCGAAGGUAUAGCGAAGAUGACAAGAAAUUUAUAAAAGAAGAAAUACGAAAACUGUUGAUGGAAGGGAUCAUCGAAGAAAGCACCUCUCCCUGGAGAGCUCAAGUUUUAAUUACGAAGAAUGCAACUCAUAAAAAGCGUCUUGUAAUCGAUUAUUCACAGACAAUAAAUAGGUAUACGCUGCUGGACGCAUAUCCUCUUCCAAAUAUGGAAGAAUUAGUAUCUAAUAUAUCGAAUUAUUCUAUAUUUAGUGCAAUCGAUCUGCAAAGUGCUUACCAUCAGAUCCCAAUCUUAUCCGAAGAACGACUAUAUACUGUUUUCGAAGCGCACGGAAACCUCUAUCAAUUUCGCCGAAUUCCGUUUGGUGUAACUAAUGGAGUGUCAAGUUUUCAAGGAGUUCUUGAUUGGAUCAUUAGAGAGGAAGAAUUGGAGGGAACAUACGUCUAUUUGGAUGAUAUAACCAUUUGCGGCAAAACUUUACAGGAGCAUGACAAGAAUCUCGAGAAAUUUAUGGCAGCCGCUUCCAAAUAUGGGCUGACUAUUAACAAAGAAAAAAAUGGUCGUGAAUCGACUGUUUCAAAUCGUCACUUAGCACCAUUGAAUCAAGAAGGUGAAAGAAUUCCGGAUAUGAUCAACAUAGAACAGCCAGAAACUUCUGAUUCAGACCAAUCACCUGUAGAGCAAGUUGGCGAACCAAGAUCGUUUUUGGAUUCAGAAAGUGAAAGAAUAGAACAGCCAGUAACUACUGAUUCAGACCAAUCGGCUGCAGAGCAAAUUGAAUCACCAUCGAAUUUUAUUGACGAAGCGAUUUCACGAAGAUCAGUUAGGGAACCCGCCAGGAAAUUACUGGUAUUGGUUGUCAAAACGAUUACGUGGGCUAAACCGGACAUACGAUCCAAAUCGAUAAAAGAGUCUUUACACUGGCGUUUAUCCGGAAGUGGGGAAGACACCAAAGUUAAUAUUAAUAUCGAAGGCAGCAGGACCAUACCGAAUCAGCCUUCUGGAUUUUGCAGGAAAAUCAUGGAAAAGGUAACGCCUAAUAUAGGUACCUUCAAAAAGGGCAAAACAAAGACGGUUGGGGAUGGCAAAUGGAGUACAUGGCGAACGAGGAAGAUCGGUUUCGCUGCAUUCCUCUAUUUCAGGAAACCAGAAGGGAAAGAGAUAAAUUUAGUUAGCCAAGUGCCACAGGGAUCAUAG